UCCUAGUAGGGAAAAAAAGACAAAUUUCAAAAAUUCGUUUGAAAUGCACUAUUGUAUCACGUGUCAUACGGUAUUUACGUAGUAGAGAUAUGUAAAAAAUAAACUGAACACAUGCUCCUAUAAUCCCUGUUCUUUUAUCAAACAUGUAAAUAUUAUUAUCACGGCCACAGAUAAAUUGCACUGAAGGCCAUUCAGUUAAUUGUCAUUAAAUUUAAGAAGAAUUGACACGAACUCAAUAUACCUGUCCCAUUUAAAUAUGCAAAAUAAUGUAGCGUAAAAUAUAUAUGCAUUAUGCUCAACAGGGGCACCUGCUAGAAUUCCACGAAUUGGGUUGUUGAACUUUCUUGUUACGGCACAGGAAGUAACGCUUUUAGACUUCUUCCCGGGAAAAAUAGAAGUUGUCGCAGUCAGAAACAUGUGCAAAGGAAUAACUCUCAGAAUCAAAUAACCCUGGAAAUGUUACCUUUUUACUGCAAAUUUUUAAUACUGUUGCAGUUUUAAAAUGUCUGAACCGAAAAGGAAAGUAGAUAUAAAUUUUUCUUUAUCUGCAUCUUCCGUUGCGAAGAACGUGUUGCUUGUUGCUGCAUUUCUUUACUGCAUUUGGUCUGCCUACCAAAUGUCAGCGUUGAAGAGUGAAGUAAGGGAACUCUCCAAAAUUGUAGCAUCCAUGUCAUUUCCUGAAUAUAAAGACAAUGAAAAAGACUCCAUAGAAUCAGUUGUAUCCGUGAUGCACACUGUUAGUGUAUCAGAAGAAGUGAAAAGAAUCGAACGGAGCGUCGACACUUCAACUAAACCACCCAAACCUAAGAAAAACCGAAAGAACAAACGUAGAAGAAGCAAAAUCAGAAAACGCAGAAGAUGUAAAUGUCCACCAGGGGCUCCGGGUCCCCGAGGAGAAAAAGGAAUUCCUGGCAUACAAGGCCCCCCUGGAAAAUUUCAAGCAGCCCAUUUUAUUACCAGUCCACCGAAUGUAAAAGAUUGUGUACUAAGUAAAGAAGACUUCUAUUGCCCUUCAAACAGAACAUUUUGGAGUCGAGAGAAAUACAAAGCUAUUCCAUAUUUUCAAGAAGCUGUCUGGAUGAAAAAUGAGUACCAAAACACCAUAAUGAGACUUAAUACGGAUAGACACGAAUCAUUUGAAGUGCUACAAUCAGGACUAUAUCUUUUAUAUGCUCAGAUAGAGAAAUUUACAAAGGAUCCUAGAGAAUUCUUCGGAAUUUUUGUUUCGGACAAAAGAAUCUUUCACUGUGCCGACAGUAUUGACAAAUAUGAACCAAAUGAAAUAUCGGAUUUCUUCAAUGCAAAGGAGAAGACGUGCAAUAUGAUGGGCUUGCAUUAUUUAAAGAAGGGGGACACAGUUCAGAUUAAAGUGAUUACCAGAGAAACGGCUGUAACAAUUAGCCCAGACAAGACGUUCUUUGGGGUUGUUUUUCUUUCGUAGUUUUGGUAUUAUGUGCUAAAUUAUUCAAAUUGUAUAAUAUGAAAAUUCGGAAAUUCCUGAAAUAUAUGAAUAUUACUGAUGUUUUAUGCUUAUCAGAGUUCAAUGUAUGUUAAUGUCUGAAUCCUUCGAAGAUGAAUAAUGUGGAGAUAACAAACAAUAUUCAAUAUCAGUCCAUAAAACAAUACAGAAAAGGAGCAGAGCAAACACGGACCUAAAAAACCAUCAGAGGUGGAAUCAGGUGCCAUGGAGCAGUGAACAUCCCCUUCUGACCUCAUCUGAUUAGACAGCUGUUUCUGAGAUGCCUGAGAUAAGAACUUAUUUGAUUAGACAGAUGUUUCUGAGAUAAGAACACAUCUUAUCAGACAGAUACACUGAGAUGUCAGAUAUUUCUGAGGUGUCUGAGUCUGAUAAGUCGUGAUGAAAUGUCUUAGACUGGAAUGUAACUGAACUUCUGAUUUACAGUUUAUCAAGUUAGUACAUGUAAUUCUGAGUCUGUAAAUACUUCUGAUGGAACAAUUAUAAAGUUAUAUUUGAGUGCAUUUGCACAAACAAAACAUAGUUGUUUGUCACAUUUCUUUACUACUGAUCUCAUAUCAUAUAUCCUAUACAUAUAUCAUAUGAUAAAAUGCAGAGAUAUACGGGUUAUUGUUCAUUUUUUUAAUGUUUAAACGUCUUGUUUUUAUCAUUCGUUAAAUAUAUUAAGUAAUAUAUGAAGUUAUACUUUAUUUAAAUUUCUUUAGUUUCGUACAUGUAAUUUUAUUAUUUUCAAAAGUAAAAUGAUUUCAUUUAUAGAAUGUCCACCUUACAUUUCAAACGCAUAAAUGUACAUAUUCUCCAUAACAAUUGUCAUGUGAAUUGUGUUUUGUGAAUAGUUGCUUCGUACAGAUUAUUUGAUGUCCAUUUCAACAUAUAUUU